AUGGCGGCUGAAAUCGUGAGAAGAAGUCUUAAAGCAUCGAACUUUUCCCUUCUUAGAACCCUAACCUCUUUCCAAACUCGUAGUUUCAGUAACUUAGCAGAAUCUGUACAACCGGAAUCUGAUGCCCCAUCUUCCUCAUUCACUUUCUCUGAGAAUUCGGGCGAUGGAGACUCGAAUUCUCAGAGAAAAUCAGCAAUCGAUGAUAAUAUCUUCAUAAAUGGUCCAAAAAAAGGCUUCUUCGUCAAAAGAAGCGGAAUCUUUGACGAUGCCUAUGUCUUUCAUGACUGGAUCAAUUGUGGGAAAGAGCCCCCUCUCAAAUGCCCCACUCUCGCUCUUGCUAAGGCUAUUGCUGCUGAAUGGGAAUAUCAGGGAACUUGA